AACGCCUGUAAUGUCCUGCACCGUCUCCAACAUCCACAGGACGACGACGGCCUGCGGUGGCGGCCGUUUGUUGAUGGCAGAUUUUAAUUGACCACCUUUCCGGCGUUCGGUCCGGGUUUCCGAAAUCUCCUGAAAACGCUCGCGCCGCCAGCAGACUGUGGCGUGGCGUCGUCCGUCCGUCUCCUCGACCCGACCGAAGAAUUGAAGGCCAACCCCCCGAACAGGCCCACAAAUCAUUGCUCUACGCAAAAGCGCGAGCUCCCCGACAACCCUGAGGUCGUCCCCCCGGGGGGGACAGUUGUGCGUGGGCCAUCCCCAUGGCCGCGAGGUAAAAGUGUAAAAAAGAAAGGUAAUACCCUGAAGCCGGUCGGGCUAUCGGCGGCAGCUUGGUUGGCCCAACCGCCAACCCCGGUCGGCCAAGUUGGUAAGUUCCGUGCCUCAAACACGAUAGAAUAUUUAUGAUACCAUCGCGAACUCGUUAGAACUCCGUCGGUUCGUCCGUGAGACCCCAACCCAAAUCGAUUAUACUGGGGCUGCCUGUUCCAGUGCCUAUGUUGUUGCCCGUGCCAUAAAUAACCGAUAACCAGCGCGAACGCGACGAGAUUGUGUCUGUGUUUGUGGAGGAAGAAGUUUUCCCAACUUGUGUCGGUGUGUGUGUGUGUGGGGGUGGGAGAGAAAAGAGUUUUUUGUUGAGCUGUGGCUGUGGGCCGGACGGUCCGUAGAUGUCCUCGACGAUGGGACACUUUCUCGGUUCGGACGACGCAUCCGAGAUCGAGCCGUUCGAUCCAGACUCCUUGGGCUGUGCGGGCCACACGACGACCGGCACCCCGUCGACGGUGGGCCAGCGUGGCCGGAAGGGCCACCAGCCCCCGAGCCCCGUCAUCGUCAGUGCGGGCACCAGUAACGGCCAGAACGGUGGGUCGCGCUCGGGCCGGAAACCCUCGCCCGGCGGAACCCCACCGAAGCUGAAAACGCGCGAUUCCGAUUGCUGCAGCAUUAACUUCAUAAAGUAUUCGCUGCACAUAUUCAACACCAUCUUUUUGAUAUCGGGCCUGGUUAUAAUCGGAGUCACGCUGUGGACUGUGCUCUGGAAGCAUCAGUACAUAUCGCUCCUGUCGACCACGAACUAUGCCAUCGGAACCUAUGCUCUGCUGGCCGCCGGCGUACUGGCAGUGGCCGGAGGCAUUCUGGGAUGCUGUGGCGUUUGGCAUGAGCAGCGAGCCGUGCUGCUGAUAUAUACGUUCGUGCUGCUGUUUGUGUUUCUGCUGGAAGCGAUCGUCGGAGGAUUAGCUUAUCUGUACGAAACGCAAAUCGAGACCGAGCUCCAGCACAGCCUCAACGCGACGUUCAUGGCGAACUACGGUGUAAGCGAGCGGCAAACGAUGGCCAUUGACAGUAUGCAGCGCGAGUUCUCCUGCUGCGGUGCCGUCCGUUUCGAGGACUGGCGACACAGUGUGUGGCUGCGAUCGAGGCGAAAAGAUCUGAUACGGCCCACCGAGGGCCGCCUGGUGCCGGACUCGUGCUGCAUCACCGUCACGCCGAGGUGCGGGUUACGUGAUGGCCCCAGCAACAUUCACUACACCGGCUGUAUCUACGAGAUGACUGAUGACCUGAAGUUCCAUUUGAUCUUGCUCGGGGCCAUCGGGCUGGGGCUGAGCGUGAUACAGGUGUUCGGCAUGAUACUGUCCUGCUCGCUGUACGUGAAGCUGAAGAACGUGCUCGACUGACAAAAGCCAGCGGAUCCAAUAGUCGAACUAAUGGAUCCGCUGCCGGACAACAUCAGUCUCAUCUACGGUUACGACGAUCAGCGCAUAUGAAACAAGCAGUCGCCCGGCCUCGGACUGGCCGGGUGUGUAAAUAUGUACAGUUUUGUGUCUACCAUGCAGGAGCUGGCGUCAGGAGCCCGUGUUUUCGUGGAAAACCCGACCCGGCUGCCGUGUCCCAGCUACGUGAAUCCACAAUUGCCAAAAACGGAACGGUUAAGGAAGCGCCCCCGGUGUACCUACCGGGAAGGUCGCGUGUGGAGCGAGUCCAUAAUUGUGUACAAAGUAAAAUAAAGAAGUUUGUCAAGAGAGAGAGAGAGAGAGACCACGGUCGGCUUCACGGUUUCUUUCCACACAGAUCCAGGUAGACUUCAAGGAAUAAUACGUUAUACUUUGUUACCUAUUUACAUGAAAUUGAGCGCCGAAGAAGAAUCGAGUUCACUUUCCAACCCAACAGCCCCAGCUAGCUAUGCUACAGGUUAAAACAAG